AUGUCGUCCUCAUCUCAGGGGGAUCGCCCCUCCAAUACCCCGACCAGCUCCAACUCCAGGUCCGGAUCUCACACGCCCCACCAAAAUCCAGCCAACUCCAAUUCCUACCAUUCUGCCGCCUCCUACUUCUCUUACCCAGUCAGCCACGUUGUCUCAGGUCUCUACCGACGCUUGACCGACCCCAGCAUCGCUGCCCCCGUCAUGCCAUCCACAACCCCAUGGUCCUCCCCUGAGGUCUUCACCCCCCGCCGGACUGCCUCGCCCUUCCAACCACCACCUCUCACCCCUCUCACCCUUACAGUCCCCAAAAGCGCCGACCUCCUCCAGCAGCAACUCCUAACCCGCGUACUGGCCGAGGAAAUCCGUCUCCUUGUCCCACCGCGGCUCCAACUCGUCGAGAACUGGCGCCUCGCCUACAGUCUCGACCGCGAUGGCGCCUCCCUGGCGACCCUCUACGACAACUGCGAGGAAUUCUCCCAUCGUAGCCCGCGGGCGGGCUACGUCCUAGUCAUUCGCGACUCCUCCCCUACCAGCGCCGUAUUCGGCGCCUACAUGACCGACGCGCCGCACCCUGACUCGCAGUUCUUCGGCACGGGCGAAUGCUUCCUCUGGCGUGCUAGUGUACUGCCUCCUCCAUCGAGCCUGGGUCUUGCGUUCCCAAGCGACGGUCCCCAGUCUGAAGAAGCGCUCGAGCGCGCUGGUCUUCCCCCUCCCCCUUCUGCUGACACUACUCACGCCGGUCGAUGGAGUACGCUGCGCAACGAUCCGAAAUCGAAAUCAGAGUCUCCUGCGCACAACUUGAAUCUUAGUCUUAAAACUAGUAUUGCUGCUGCUAGUGGAGGGGCUCUUGCGCCUCCGUCGCCGUCGUCCAUUAAUACAACGCGGAGCGGGGCGAGUACUCCCGAACGCAUUCGUUUCAAGGCGUUCCCGUACAGUGGAGUAAAUGACUACAUGAUGUUCUGCGAGACUGGGUUCUUGAGUCUUGGUGGCGGUGAUGGACACUAUGGCCUCUGGAUUGACUCUGGUCUGGAAAAAGGUGUCAGCGCUCCUAGUCAGACAUUUGGAAACGAGCCAUUGUCCGAUGAGGGGGUGAAAUUCGAUAUCCUAGGGGUUGAAGUUUGGUAUGUCGGUUCCUGA